AUGUCGUCGUUUGAUACGUUCAGCGUCGACGGCGAAGAAUCGACAGCGAUUCCAUCUUCCGGUCAAUUUGAUGAAGGUUACUUUGACAACAACGAUUCAUACUCCAACUUUUCCACCGCCGAUACUCCGGCGUAUCAAUUCCCUGCUGACGGUGAGCAUGUCUCUCACCAAUCUGUAGACAGUGCAGAUCCGUUUGGAUUCGGUUCGAAUCCAGAUGCGGAUCAGUACUCCCAGCCGCCUCCGACCUCUUCACCGUUUGAUUCUUCCUCGAUCCCGAUUUCGAAUGGUGUAAGUCAGGAUUACGAUGUUGGAGAGGAUGCUGAUGGACUUUUUAGUUCUGAUGGACCGGUGCUCCCGCCUCCGAGUGAGAUGCGGGAGGAGGGGUUUGCUCUUCGCGAAUGGCGGAGGCUGAAUGCAAUUCGAUUGGAGGAGAAGGAGAAUCAAGAGAAGGAAUUACGUGCCCAGAUCAUUCAAGAAGGUGAAGAUUAUAUAAAAGCUUUCCAUGAAAAGAGACUACGCAACAUUGAGACAAACAAACUCACCAAUAGAGAAGGCGAGAAGAUGUAUGUGGCGAAGCAAGAAACAUUCCACAAAGAAGCUGAUAAACAAUACUGGAAAGCAAUAGCAGAGCUGAUCCCACGUGAGGUUCCCAACAUUGAAAAGAGAGGCAAAAAGGACAAGGACAAGAAACCAUCAAUCACAAUUGUCCAAGGACCUAAACCUGGAAAGCCCACUGAUCUUUCAAGGUUGCGUCACAUCCUUGUCAAACUCAAACACACACCACCCGCCCAUAUGGUCCCACCACCACCACCACCACCUGCCGCCGCCAAAGACGGAAAGGAAGCAGCUAAAGAUGAGAAAACGGGUGCUGCUGCUAAAGAUGGAAAGGAUGCGGCGGCAGCUACUGAAACAGUGGCGGCGGUUUCAAAUGGUACUACUGAAGCUCCUCCGGCUGCUGAACCGGUGGUUGCUUAAAUCCUUUCUUUUCUGAUAUAAAAAGAUUACAGGUUAGUUUUUGGACCAUUCUGUCUAUGAUAUGAACUCGUAUGAUUUGGUGCUUCUGUGUUAUGAUUAGUCUGUUAUGUUGCUGUGUUUCUUGGAGAACUGUUACUGUUACUUGUUUAAAGUUUGUUAUUACUGUGGUGUAAGAGCUUUUUCUUUUUCUUUUUCUUUUGCUUUUGCUUAUAUGAUGAUGAUGAUGUUAAUGGUUUUGACUUUUGAGAUAUUAUUUGAUUUUUUUUUUUUUUUUGCU